GGCACUCGUAUAGUUUCCUCUCAAUCUGAAGCCGGUUGCUGCUGAAGCACUCCGAGUUUUCCACUACGCUGUCUGAAUGGAGCAUGAGCUUCUCUCACUGAUGCAGUUCUUCACAAUCUUAUAUUUGAUGAGUACCUGCUCGAAAAAGCGAAGAGCUAGUUCUGAAGCUACCAUGGAAAUCGUAGCGAAGAAAGAAAAAGUAAAAGCGAAAGUUGUUAAGAAACCGCUACGUCCUCUUCGAUCUGUUGGAGAUGUGCAAGCAGGAAGAGUGACGAAAGCCAAGCUUAGAGACCUCGGGGAUGAGCCAAGUCUUUCAAGGUCAAAAGUCAUAGGUUCAUCUGAUCAAGACAGCGAGAAAGAUAAGCUGCCAUCACCAUUCUCAGAAAAGGAAAAGGCUGUCAAACGAGCACAACAACCACAAGAUUUUGAAGUAGAGCGAACACCUCCUUCAACACCAAGUAGCUCAACUCCAGCGCAAGAAGAACCAACGCAGACUCAAGGCAAACCGUUGAAAGUCGAAAGUGCUCCACACUCGUUGGCUGCAGAUACUCCUGUAUCAUCCACCGCAGAUAAUUAUUCACGCCCAAAUACACCCGUGAACACUCAGCCAGAGAGUAAUGCUCUUCUACCACCAACACAGUCACAAAAUGGAAAAGAGGAUGCUGCUGCUGCAAUCAAUUAAAACUUCAAUCUUCAAG